UUCAUCAUCCAUCAACUCUUUUUUAAAGCUCUAUUUUCACCUUUGCCUCUAAACACAAGAAUUCUUUGCUUUUCUCCUUCUAAAGACUCAAUCUUUUUAUCUUAUUGGAAAUUCUCAUACUUGUGUCUUAGUUCACAAACGUUCUUGAUACAAAUAUACUACUUGGGCAUUAAUAGAUAACUUUAUUGCAUCAAGAAUCAAGAUAGGGCCUUAGAACAGCUGGACACUACCUUUAACAAACACGAUACUCCGUUAGGGAAGUGGAAGUCGAUGAACGAUGAAGUUGAAGAGAAUAUUUCCGGUGGUUUUGAGUGUAACAUAUGCCUGGAACUCGUGCAUGAACCUGUGGUAACUUUAUGUGGUCACCUCUACUGUUGGCCUUGCAUUUACAAAUGGAUUCAUUUCCAAAGUGUUUCUUCAGAAAAUUCGGAUCAGCAACAGCCACAAUGCCCUGUUUGCAAGGCUGAAGUUUCCCAAAAAACUUUGAUUCCACUCUAUGGUCGCGGUCAAUCUACAAAACCAUCCGAAGGAAAGGCUACGAAUCUUGGCAUAGUCAUUCCACAAAGGCCUCCGAGUCCACGAUGUGGGGGCCACAUGCUUAUACCGACUACUAAUUCAAAUCCAUCGCAGCUACUUCAACGACGAAAUCAUCAACAACAGUCUCGGCUCAGCCCCAGGGUAACCACAGCUAAUAUGUUACAACACUCCAUGAUCGGGGAAGUGGCCUAUGCAAGGAUUUUUGGAAACUCAUCAACAACUUUGUACACAUAUCCAAACUCUUAUAACCUAGCAAUCGGCAGUAGUCCAAGAAUGAGAAGGCAAUUAUCAGAGGCUGAUAAAUCACUUGGCAGAAUAUGUUUUUUCCUCUUUUGUUGCUUUGUCACAUGUCUAAUCUUGUUUUGAACACUUUUUCCUCCUGUCUUUUGCUUGUACCAUGUAAAAAUGAUUUGGUGUUGUAGUCUCUGUAGUAGAUAAAAGAAUGUACAGCCUCGGCUAUAUGUAACAAAUCAGAGAAGCUUUUGCCUCUUGAUUGUUGCUAAAUACACUUCGAAUUAGAGUGCUUCAAGAUUGAACCCUUUUUUAUAUAUAAAAAUCUAAGAAAUGAGGUUUGAAAUUCUAUC